UAUAGACGAUAUUGUAGCACAUGGGUCAGCAGUCACCUAUGUAAAAGAAGCACGAGACAAAGCUCUUGAGCUAACCUAUUGUCCUUGUCUAGUUUGUCUCUCUACAAGAACAUCUCUUUAUUAUUGCACCUCCAUUCUUUCCUUCCACACCAAAAUUUCAAUAGAAUCAAUAGAAAGUUUUUGUUCAAAACCAAGGAGAAAGAGAAGAACCAAAGAUAGAAGCAGUUAGAGUUAGCAGUGUACAACCGAGAUUGUGCCUGUUGUAUACGAGGUUUUCGAUGCCUUUGGAACCUCAGCGCGACUGUAAUUGCAGCCACAUCGACCAUAUUUGUUUAUAACUUCUUGUGAUACUUAGGAUUUUGAUGUAACUAUGCCAUUUUUUAAAAUCUUGUACCUAUCCAUUUUCUUGCUAACUCCUAUAUAGUCCAUCUCUAUUCUAAUUAUCAUUAGUUCUGGUGAAUUUUAGAAUCAAGGAGUAUGUUGUGAAUCUUCAUUGAAGUGCCAAUUUCUCUGCAUUUUAUAUUGUGGAUCCUUAGUUUAUGUUAGAUUAUUUCCUAAUCUGAAAGAAAAUAUCAAGUUCAACACUUUCAUGCUUUUUUUUUGUUUAUAUACAUAUGUUAAAUGUUACUGGUAUUUCUGUUUAUAAAUUCCACAAAUUGGCAUUUUUUUUUAAUCAAAAUAUAGUGGGGAAAUGUUGAGUGAACCAAAGUAAAACAGUAACAUGGACCGUAAUAUUUAAUCACAACUUUGUAAUCUACAUAUAACUUUAAAAAUUGCAUAAUAGAAAAAAACAUUGGUUUUUCUGUAUCAGAGACGUAGAUACAAUUGGCCAAACUUUAUGAUCGAUUUAUGUUUUUGUGCUUUAUUUAUCUAUUUACUUUUGACCUUAACUCACUGUUCUAAUAAAGUUUCAAAGUUUGGUGUACAUCUUUUUGAUAGCACUCCCUAGGGAAACAAACAAAAAGUAGGUGAACAGAAAAGAAAAAAAAAAAAAAAAAAAAAAAAGCUAAUAAGAUUCUAUCAUGUCAAACAAGUGCUGCUUAAUUUGACCACAAAGAAACUUUACUAAUAGUUGUUUACUUUUUAGCCUUUAAUGUCAAAAUCUAAGAAAAUAACUCCAAUAUUACAUACAUAAGGUAUAUAACAUUCUAUCAUGCUUCUCACCAAAUUAUCUUUUAAUAUUUCAGCUUUGAAAACAUAUCAUAUACUUUCUUUACAUCCAAAUUUCUCUAUUCAACCUACAAAAAUGAGAAACAAGAUGUCCCUUUUGUUCAUUGGAGCAAUGUUAUUUGUUUGUGUUGGAGCUGAACCAGCAGCAGAUAAACAAGCUUUGCUUGAUUUCCUUCACAAAAUGAACCACUCUUCACUUCUCAACUGGAACAAAAAAUCUUCUGUAUGCAAAAAAUGGAAUAGAGUUACUUGCAACACUGAAAAAUCAAGAGUUAUAUCUCUUCAGCUACAAAGUCUUGGAUUGAAUGGUUCAAUUCCAGUAAACACUCUUAGUAGACUCUCAGCUCUUGAAAAUUUGAGUCUUGCAUUUAACAAAUUUUCUGGUCCAUUGCCAUUAGAUUUUUCAGUUUGGAAGAAUCUAACUGUUGUUGAUUUUUCCAACAAUUCUUUUAAUGGUAGCAUUCCUUUAUCAGUUUCAAAUUUGACUCAUCUUACUUCUUUGAUUCUAGCUAAUAACACUCUUUCUGGUGAAAUUCCUGAUAUCAAUGUUCCUAGUCUCAAAGAUCUACAUUUGGAAAACAAUAAUCUUAGUGGUUUUGUUCCUAAAUCACUUCAAAGAUUUCCAAGUUUGGUCUUUUCAGGAAACAAUGUUACAUAUGUAAAUGUUUUUCCUGCAAAUGUUCAUAAAAAAAGGAAAAAAACCAAAGGACUUAAAGAAAAAGCAUUAUUAGGUAUCAUCAUUGGUGGUUGUGUGCUAGGAAUUUUAAUUAUAGCAGCUUUCUUGAUUGUCUGCUGCUAUGAGAAACGCGGUGAAGAUGGAGAAGUUAUUAAGUCUCAGAAGAAUAAAGAAGUUUUUUCUGAGAAGAAAGAAUCUUCUGAGAGUCUAGAAAGAAACAAAAUCGUUUUCUUUGAGGGUUGCAAUCUUGUAUUUGACUUGGAAGAUUUGUUGAGAGCUUCUGCCGAGGUGCUUGGAAAGGGAACAUUUGGUACCGUUUAUAAGGCUGCUCUGGAGGAAGCAACAACGGUUGCGGUUAAGAGAUUGAAGGAGGUUACGGUUGGGAAACGCGAAUUUGAACAGCAGAUGGAGAUGGUGGGAAAGAUUAGGCAUGAAAAUGUGGAUGCAUUAAGGGCUUAUUACUAUUCAAAGGAAGAAAAACUUAUGGUUUAUGAUUUUUAUGAACAAGGCAGUGUCUCAGCAAUGUUACAUGGCAAAAGAGGGGUAGAAAGAAUUCCUUUAGAUUGGGAAAGCAGGUUGAAAAUAGCAAUUGGUGUAGCAAGAGGCAUUGCUCACAUUCAUGGAGAACAACUAAUCCAUGGAAACAUAAAAGCCUCAAACAUCUUCCUCAACUCCAAAGGAUAUGGUUGUAUAUCCGACAUCGGUCUAGCAACAAUGAUAACAAGUCCAAUAUCGCCAAGGGCAGCAGGAUACCUUGCGCCAGAAGUAACCGAAACUCGAAAAUCAACACCAGCAUCCGACGUCUAUAGUUUUGGUGUCUUGUUACUUGAACUUUUAACUGGAAAAUCUCCUUUACAUGGAGGUGAGGAAGUUGUUCAUUUGGUUAGGUGGGUUAAUUCUGUGGUUAGAGAAGAGUGGACUUCUGAAGUGUUUGAUUUAGUCUUAUUGAGAUAUCCUAAUAUAGAGGAAGAAAUGGUUGAGAUGUUACAAAUUGGUAUGGCUUGUGUUGUGAGGUUACAUGAUGAAAGACCUAAAAUGGAUGAAGUUGUGAGACUGGUUGAGGAAAUUCGAAAGGUUAAUAGUGGAAAUAGAACAUCGACUGAAUCUAGAUCGGAAUGUUCAACUCCAACUCCUCAUAUUGUCGAUGUAAAUUAAUUUUACACUGAUAUCGAAUGAGAGAGCUUCAUUUUUUUUAAUAUUAUUCAAUGGUCGAAUAUUAAAUUUUUAAUGAAUGUCGGUGUAAAAUAGAUUAGAGUGAUGUUCCGUAUCUAUUUUUUUUAGUGAAUGAUCGUUAAAUAUGUAA